AUGUCGGCUUUUCUAACGCGAAAACUUGCCAGUUCGGUUGGCUCUUUUGCUAAAUAUUCACAAGCUGGACUUUUGUCCGUUCGACAUUUAAAUUUAUUGGAGUACCAGUCAAAAGAAUUGUUAAAAGACAGCGGAGUUUCAGUACAAAAUUUUACUAUUGUUGACGACUUGCAAAAAACUGACAGUGCACUUGAUAAAUUUCAUGCCAGUGAGUAUGUUAUUAAAGCCCAAGUUUUAGCUGGUGGACGAGGUAAAGGAUGGUUUGACAAUGGAUUCAAAGGUGGUGUCCAUUUGACUAAAGACCCAAAAGAGGUCAAAGAGAUAGUCAAAAAAAUGUUGGGUCACAAGUUAAUAACAAAGCAGACGACAAAAGAUGGGAUUCUUGUACAAAAAGUAAUGAUAGCUCAAUCCGUAGAUAUUAAAAGAGAAACAUAUCUCUGUAUUUUGAUGGACAGGUCACAUAAUGGACCAGUCCUUAUCGCUUCACCCGCUGGUGGUGUCGACAUCGAAGCAGUGGCUGAGAAGACUCCCGAGGCUGUCAAAACAAUUCCACUGGAUAUUUAUUACGGAAUUGACGAUAAAAUAGCCAAAGAAGUCGCCGAAUUUUUAGGGUUUAAUGAAGAAACUAUCAAGCGCAAGGCAAUCUUUGAAUUGAAAAAUUUGUGGAAGUUGUUUGUAGAUAUUGACGCGCUUCAGAUUGAAAUAAAUCCUUUUGUUGAGACUGAAGACCAGCAGGUGGUUGCAGUAGAUGCUAAGAUUGCGUUUGAUGACAAUGCGCAGUUCAGGCAGAAAGAUAUCUUUGCUUUAGAGGACGUCAGUGAAAAGGAUCCCAGGGAAAUUGAUGCUUCGAGGCAUAAUUUGAACUAUGUUAGCAUGGACGGGAAUAUUGGGUGUCUAGUCAAUGGUGCGGGCUUGGCGAUGGCGACAAUGGACAUUAUUAAAAUGAACGGCGGAGAGCCAGCGAAUUUUUUGGAUGUUGGUGGUGAUCCAAAAGCUAAGGCAGUUUUUGUAAACAUAUUUGGAGGAAUUGUCAACUGUGCGAUCAUAGCCAGAGGACUAGUCGCAGGUGCUAAGCAACUGAAGAUCAACAAACCAGUAGUAGUUAGAUUACAAGGAACAAAUAUGAUGGAAGCUAGAAAAAUACUCCAAGAAUACGGAGCGCCUUUCACGAUGAACAACGAACUGGACGAAGCAGCUAGAAAUGUUGUUGCGACGAUACACGCAUAG